UUCAAACUCAUCAGCCAUCAGCGGCGCAAAAAAAGAUCGCAGCAAGCCGUUCUCUUUUCCUUCCUGUUCCUCGCGUGUUUGGAUCGCUUUUUAAAUGUGUGAAUAUUCGUAAUAUCGUGAAAUUCCAGUAAUAUUUAUUCAAUAAUAUCAUUGUGCGUUAUCAAGUUCAAUCGUGUGUGAUUUGUGUGAAAAAUAUUGUGCAAACAAAUCCGAAAAUAAAAUGGCCAACAUCAACUUUGAUCAGCUGAACGGCCGACUGCGAAAGCGUUUGGAUCAGCUGCGUCAGCACAAGGAUCCGGCGGAACGGCUCCGCAUUCUGAAGCGCUAUCUGUCCCAUUUUGUAAAGUUGGUUCAAACCGGGCACCAUUUCGAGACGUCGUUCGGUGAACAUUUGCGGCUGGUUGUGAUCUAUCUCAACGAUCGCCGGGAGCAACCCCUGGAAGAGGAGACACUUGGGACGAUCGUGAAAACCCUUUGCGUGAUUUGCUGCAUCGCAAACGUUUCGCACCAGACGGUGAUGAUUGCUCUCCAUGGUCUGUUGGACAUUUUCGAGCGGAUUUCUUGCAAGGAAACCCUGGCCGCCAUCGAGUAUUGUGGAAAUCAUUUUAAAAAACUGAUUGUCCAAUUCAAACGAUUCGGAUACUACAAGAUCGAACGACUUUUGGUGGAAUUGAUCUACAUCACAUCUUUGGCAUUCAAUAAAUCAAAAGAUCGUAAGAAUUACGUGCUGGAGUUAGGACGGUUGAUCGGCGGUUCUUGGGAAAAGCUUCUGGCCUGGAAGUCUAUCGCAGUGGAGAAGGAAGUACGCAUUUUUAUCAAUGAGAUGCAAAAUAGAUAUCCGAUGUUCGCUGCCUAUUCCGUUCCCGUUGAAAAUUGCCAAAUUGGAGAAUAUCGUUUGGAACAACCUAAAGACUCGAAUGGCCUGUGGAUGGACAUUAAUUUUAAACCGGCGACCGUAAGGUUUGCGGGUUGUUGUGUUGUGCUGGCCCGUGGUGGAACAAAACGUUUGGACAUGAACGUGGAACUGGAGAUUAAUCACCGAAAUGUGUCGAAAAUUGAUUGGAAGAUUGAUAACGACAAACAUCUACUUUCGAUUGAGUAUCAACGUAUCACCUUUCAACCAGAUGUACUUAACAUCGAGCAGAAGGGAACCAUAACGUUCACCGUUUCACCAUUGUUUGACUGGGAUUACCUAGUGAAAGAAGUCAUUCCGGAAGUACGGCUGAAAGCUGAUCGCGAAGAUGAUUCGGCCGUACAACCAAAUAUAACCAACAUCGAAGGCUUGCUGAAUGUGUCUCUGUUGGAGUCGGUAGUGUCGGGACCUGCCAACAGCCACAAUUUUGACCAAUCUCCUCGUCUGCGCGAAAAUCGUGAUGCAAUCGAACAGCACCGCAAUAUGCGCUGCCAAAUGUUGGACACCCCUAGCUCAGCUGGAAGCAACAAGGAGAACUUGGAGCCCAAUCGUUCAGUGUCCGAUGUGCGAGUCGUUCUGCAAGAUGUCCAACGCUUGCGAGUAUUCCAAUCCCUUCAGCAAGACUGCCAACAAAGAAGAUCAAGCCGCGCAUCAAAGCAAAACUCGCCGCCGAAACGCAGCGUUGAAGAAUCAGUUGAUUUGCAAUCGAAUGAGGGAAAGAAGCGAAAACUGUUCGAUAAGCAAACAGUUCCUGAUGUUCUGAACGAAAGUGUCGACUCGCAGAUCCAACGCAACAAAUACGUCGAAAAGAAGUUGGUCAAUACCGUAAAACCGAUCCAAACGUUGGAUGUAAAGCCGUUGGCGGCCACAGACAAUAUUCAAAACGCUUCGGAUGUGCUAAACGAAUCUUCCGCAACAGAUAUGAUGUCCACCGAGGAAUUAGAGCAAUCCCUGCAGGCUUACAUUGACAAUAACGGGAUUUUUGGCAUUAACCAACAAAAAGUUUUGGACAAAAAACUUGAAAAGAACAUUCGAAAGAUAAAUCAAAUGGUUGAACGUUCCACCAAAAGGUUCUUCAAGCGGGAACCAACGGCAGACAAUCCGUACGAAUUUAUCGAUUCGGAGGGUAACAAAAAAUCUGCCAAAAAGCAAGCAAACCGCAAAGGAACUAACUCUUCCAGAAAGCGAAAACCCAAAACCACCAACGAGAACACGUCGGCAAAAGCAGCCAAAAAUGCCGCCAAUCAAUCUCUGCGCAACAAAAACUCAAAUAACGCCGCAAAAGAUGACAUUAAAACUCCUACGACACCCGCAGAACCGAUUCCACCACGAGCGUCGCUUCCUCGUUCCAAGAAACCUACGCUUAUAGUCGAUUUGUCAUCCGACUCAGAAACUGAAGCCGUCGAGAUAGGCAACACGUUUCAAAAUCUGGACAUUUCAACCAUCGCGUCGGAAGCCAAAUCGAAGCAUCCACUUCCGUUUGCCAAACGACUGUUCGCCAAAUCAACUCCAAUCGAUGGCGCCAGGAGCCAAAAACGUCCACUUGAUGAAACGUAUCCGCUCUCAGGACAAACUAAACGACAAGAAGCGGAUCGCACUUUCUCGGUCAAGAAGCAACGUGUUCCGCUGUUGGAAGUGGAUCCCGAAUGCAAUAAUGGUGUCUUCAUACGGCGUGACUACAAGAAGCAGCAUCUUCCCGAAGCCCUUCAGCAGAACGUUGUCGAUUUGCUUGGAGAGGACAAAGACAAAGCCUCAUCAUCUGCUGCGUCAUUCUCGGACUCUCACAGCGAUGAUACCAGAGUAACGGUAGACAUUCCAAAAGCCCAUGUUGAAGCCCCAACCAAAACCUCGCUGACCAAAGCUAUGGUCCUCCAACAUCAGACCAGCAUGAGCGAUGCGUCCAUUCCGCAGUCCCUUGUUGUCAAUCCUAGUCCGCCACCAAACACCACUGUUCCGGUUCAAAAGAAACCGAAACCAUCUGCUGAGCCAACUCCGUCUAACUUCAACAUGAACUACGCCAAAAAUCGAUACACCCUGAAAAAGUUUAUCGCAGAUAACGAUCAAACAUUCGUGACCGAAGAGGAAAUUCUUCCACAUUUGGAUAACAACACAGCAAAUGACGGCAAUGAUACAAUCCUCAGCGAUGAAAUCCGCGUAGGGCGCGAUGCAGCGGCUCCUCCAUCAUUUCGAGAUGAUGAUUCGAGUGACAUGCAGUUUGCUGGCAAUAUUACAAUGAAUCAGGCUUCACCCACGCGACACUACCCUACUACUCCGAAGCCAGAGCGUUUCCAAGAGAAAACACAGAAUGCUCAAGCUCCAAAUAACCUGAAAGAGGACCCGAGCGACGCAAACCUUUCACAUACCGUUACGUUCAAUGGUGCAGCAGAUCAAACCAAAGCAGAUGAAAACACUAUGCCCAGCAGUGCAACCAAUGCAUCAGCUGCGCUGCAAACCCUUAUGAUCGAGCAGUUCCUCAGCAGAAUCCAUCAGGAACUGGAUCCAUCGCUGACCGAGUUCGAAACCAAAGUGCAAAAUUUGAAUAAAAUGAUGACGGAUUUCGAACCCCAUCUCUUGGACCAUGACAUUGCCGAGUUCAACCAAAAAUGUGAGGAAAUCCUCGAGGUAGAGGAUAAACUGGAUCAACUGUUUUCCGAGCUGACCAAACUGUGUAUGGACACUUUGGACAGAUCCGACAAGGCCACCGUAACUGCCAAGAAGUUGGCUCGAUAUGCUGAAACCAAGGUGGUCUUCUUCAAGGAACAGAAUCAGAUGGCUCGUCAAGAAAUACCCGGCAUCGUGGAUGAGUACGUGAAGAGCGUUUGGAAUGAGCAGGUGCAACUGCGACUCAAUCAGGUGCAGCUUCUGAUGACGAAGAUGCUGAUGUGAACUUGUCAUCCCGAUGUAAUCUAGACUGUCCUUGAACUCUGUUGCUUUUGAUUUUUAAUGUUUUAACGAUAAGCUCCUAAUUUGAAUUACGUGCCUACAACUCCUAUGAAUUCCCAUGAAACGUGUUCCAUUGAAGAUUGUAUUAUGUGUCAAUCAUAUAAAGAAUUAUAACUGCGCGCAAAUGCGUUUUGUUUUAAAA